UACAUACGCGUUCCGAACCAAUCAAGUGAUCUAGGUAGUCAGCUCACUAGGUUUUGAGACACCGCCGGUGUCUUCGCAGGGACGACUGUCUGGGCUAACAGGAACCGAGUGAGAUUAUUUAUCUCUCGCUAACUAACAGCACUCUAUGGUCCAAACCCUGGCUUUAGUUAGAAUUGCCAGGCAUGCGGAUCAGGCUGCAGGGCUCUGGCCAUGUGGCCCGUCUCCUCUCCGAGCUCAACCGCUGCCGUCUGUCUCGCCUCCUGUGCGACAUUGUCCUCCAGGUCGGAGGGCGUUCCUUCCCUGCUCACCGUGUGGUGUUGGCAUGCUCUUGCACACACUUUAACAGCCUCUUCUCCAGAGGUUCUGGAAACCAGGGUGCCGUUCCCACCACUUUCUCUCUGGACUUUGUCUCCGCUGCCAAUUUCGAGAAGGUCUUGACUUUUAUCUACACGGGUGAGAUUUUCACGGACUUGAUCGAUGUGGGUGUGCUGUAUGAGUUGGCGGAAAGGCUCGGCGUGACGGAGUUGGUCAGCGCUUGCCAUGCAACCUUUCCUGACCUGCAGAGCUCCAGCUCUGGAAAUGCGGUUGCCGAAGGGGAUUUGGAAAGCGAUUUGGUGUUGGCCAAUGCCACGGCUGCGUCUGUUUGCUCAUCCUCUGCAGUGUCCUGCUCCUCGUUGUCUUCUUCAGCCGCUCCCACUCCUGUAACUCCAUCUCCGGUUUCUCAAGGCAGGAACGGCAGGUUGAAUCGCUCCCACUUGGCCACCCAGUCACCAAAAAAUGAAGACUUGCCGGUACUUUUGGGUUACAAUCAACAGGUGACCAACAAGGCUAGUCCUUCGGACAGUAACCGUUCUACAGAUGCUCUACCUGGACUGACUUUGCAGCUCAAGACUGAGCGGGAGGAUGAAGGAGAAGAUGCAGGAAGUAACUCAGUGGACCAGCUUGUUGUUAAUGGUAUUAAAUCAACGUUUGGGGCUCAGGAACCAUGUUCCAUCCCUGAUUCUUCAGCCCAGCUUGGAGGGGAAACCUGCGCCCCUUCAUCAUCCUCUAAUGACCCCUUGGACAGUUUGCAGCUGGGGGCCGUUGCGGGACCAAUCAAAGAUUCUGAUCUUUUUGAGGAAGACGAUUCUAGGAAGAGGCACCGACUACAGGAAGAGCAGACGGAGGGCAGCGAUCAGUGGCGACCACUUUCAGAAGACAUCAUUGAGCUGAGCGACGAGGAGGAGCAUUUCAUUGUGGAGGAAGAGGACGAUGAGGACUUGAUGUGCAUCGAAAAUGGAGAAAACGGGGCGUCUCUCGGGCAGCUGGCGUCAUCUCAGCCGUGCAAAUCCUAUGGGAUGCUACUUCCGGCAGAAAACGCCGUUAUACGAACUCACGCUGAGACGCACCUCUCGGAAACGGGUUCGUGCCAGGUGUGCGGCACCUCUUUCACGGACCGAGCUGCUGCUGUCACUCACGCCCUCACACAUGUGGGCAUCUUGCUCUUCUCCUGCGAUGUUUGUGAACAUCAGUUUCGGACUGAAUCCGCACUGAUUCACCACAGGCGUCAGUCAGCUGCCAAGUGCGCCCCUCAAAAUCCAGACCAACUGAAUGGAGCCUCCCAACAACAAGGAGGGGAACUGAAGUGCACCAUCUGUGCUAAAUCCAUGGCGAAUGAUUUUAAGGCUGUCAGGGACCACGUUCAGAGCCACGCAUGUUUGAGGACAUUACGCUGUGGAGUGUGCCAGCUGUCUCAGCCCUCUCGAUGCGCCCUCCUAUGGCACACCCUGACACACCUCUUUCCUAUUUACACUUGUCCACAAUGCACCAGUCCCUUCCUGGAGAGCGCGCUGCUGGAAAGACACCUGUCUCUACACACAGAGGAAGGAUUGUCGGUGAAACAGGACGACGGCAGCCCGGAGAUCAGCGGAGAAAGCCAGUCUGAGCUGCGCUGCUUCCUGUGUCCGCAGACCUUCCGCUCAGAAACCGCGUUUCAUUACCAUCUCAGCGUGCAUUCGAACGAGCUCCAGGGCAGCCAGGUAUGGCCGGCCAAACGCAAGGCGGACCAGCUUCUUGAAUACUCCUCAUCCUCCUCCUCACCUAUGGAGGCGAGUGGCUCAGGUAAAGCAGGUUACAACUUAAACCUAGGCUUCAGCAUGCAGGACAAAAUGGCUCACGGCGGCACCUCGUUUCAUGCCGGACUCGUACUGAACGGUAACUCUGGUGGCGGAAGGGAAAAAUUGUAUCGCUGUCGGUAUUGCGGUAAGCAUUUCGCACACUCGGGCGAGUUCACCUACCACCUUCGCAUCCACACGGGCGAGAAGCCCUACCAGUGCAAAAUCUGCCUGCGCUUUUUCCGUGGCCGUUCCACUAUGAUCUGCCACCUAAAGACGCACUCGGGCGCCCUCAUGUACCGCUGCACCAUCUGCGGCCUGUUUUUCUCCACGCUCAAGAUGGUUUCCUCGCACAUGGAGCUCCAUAAAGACCAGCUGUCGCCCGAUUUCAACAUCGAGGAGACCUUUAUGUAUAAUGACCACUCUAAAGAGCCCGUCCCCAAUAUGGACACCUGAAAGUCGCUCUCUCUGAACGCUCCGUCACACUGUGUGCCCACGUUUACUCCAUAUGUUGUUGAAGACAAUUAGACUUAGAAUGUAAUUAAGUGUUUAAUGUGAUCGUCUUUGUGUCGUUUGUGUACAGAAUGAGAACGGUUCUUUUUUUUUUUUUAAGACUAUAUUAAAAGGUAAAACUUUAUUUUAAAAAAUGUAGUUCUGAUACUUGGCCACUUGAUGGCAAGAGAGACUGAGCAAGGUUGCAUUGCCAAUCAAAUCUUUGGACACGCCUACUCAUUGUUCCCUUUUUUUUUUACAUUUUAGAAUAAUAAUAAAGUCAUCAAAGCUAUGAAAUAACAAAAAAUAAACAUCUUUUAUUGUAGCUGCUUCAAACCUUUGCCAAGAAUGUCAUGAGACACAGUGUUUGAACACUAUUAUUGAAGUUUACACUUUUUGGCUGCUUUUCAGUCACUAUCAUUUAUUUAAAAGAAAAAUUUUGUUGUGUAAACAAUUCUUGCACAGACACAAGUUGGAUUUGUCUUCAAAGCCAGUUUCAACCGUUUUAAAUAUAAGCAUUUAGAUCAAAAGAUUUUUUAAGAACACAACAAACAAAUUCAGUCAAGUGUGAAAUUCAGUCAAUUUUUAACGGGUUAAUCUGCGAUUACCUCUAUAUACUCAUCUGGCAACUCUAUCACAAUAAGCUACAGGUCUCUGGUUAUUCUAGAGAAGCACAAAUUAACCUUUGUCCUUACACAACGCAAGUGCACGUUGAGAAUAAACCAAGACUUUUUCUACAUUUUCUGAUAAACAAAGCAGUACUCUAGGUCAAGAAUAUAAAUAAAAUGGUUCUUUUAAAAAAAUAAAUAAAUGAAGGUACUUUUCUUUUACAGAGUAGCCGUUAUUUUUAUAGUAGUGUUGUGUAUCAUUGACAUAGACUAAAUUAGAAAUAGUUACUGGUUUAUGAGAUGCAGUUUAAUAUAGUUUGGAUGUUGUACAUAAAGCAAAACUCUUCAUAUGUCGUUCAUUUCAUUCAGAAAAGAGAAGCUAUUUAGACUGAGGUGCUAAUAUAUCAGUCGGUUCAUAUGUCAGUGUUCACCCUCUUCACUUGGGACAUACCAGAGUGUUUCGUGCGAAUGGUAUUGUCAUGAAUAAAUGACAAUUCUCUUUAGAAAGCUAUUAUGUUCUUCUGUACCAUUUUCCCGCCAGUUAUAUGCUUGUUCUUUCUUAUAUGGGACAAUUUUACAUUGUACAUUUAAAUAAUUUUGUUCAAUUCAAAACAGAUUUGGCACACCAGUCCAUUCAUUAUUGAUGUUCAUAACUGAUGAUCAUACCAUGUCAAACCACAAAGUAUGUAUUCAAAACUGCUGGGACAUUGUGGUUGUUAUAGCUUUAUUUGCAAUGUAGCACAGAAAAUACCAGCUGAAC